AUGCAUCGAUAUCUGCGAACGCAGACCAGCGACCUCGAGUCAAAAUUAACGAAGAGCGAUGAACGCGUGAGGGAGGUCGAGAAGGACGGGAAAACGCAGAACCAGUGGUUGAAACAGCAGUACGAGAAACAGAUCGAGGAGCUCCAGGGCGCCCUGCGUUCCAAGGAAGUGAAAUUGCGUGAUCUGGAUCGCGUGAAGUCACGCGUUGCAAAACAGAAACAAGAUCUUGAGGACAAGAGAAACGGCGAAAAUGAGCUGCAUGCCAAGAUGUGUGAACAGGUUUUGGAGCUGAAACGCGACCUACAGCUCCAUCAAACCAGGUUGAACAUAUUGGAAAGGGAGAAACGGUCCUUGGAGGAGAGUCUUUCGCAAUCAGAGAAUUUACAGAGACAGGACCAGAAGUCCUCGUAUGUCUUGCAAAUGAAAAUCGUUGAACUCCAGGAGAAAUUGGACAUGAGUUAUCGAAAAAACGAAGAACUCGAUAAACUAUACGAGGCAUCUGAAGCCAAACGACAAGUUCUCGAGGGGAGAUUGAAGCAGGCUUCAACCAAGUCACCAGGUACGGCUCAAACCGCGCAGCUACAAACAGGAAGAAACGAGACGAAGCCGGAGAAUCUCGAAAGAAGCACGACAGUUCUUAACCGUCCGAUGAACUUAGAUAUGAACGAUGUACUCCGAGAGAAAGUCGUUGAACUUCAGAAGAAGCUCUUGAAGGGACAGCAAGCAAUGCACCAAGGAGACAGUGCCUCGGAAAAACGUCUGUUACAGAAUCUUAACUAUUCCGAGCGGGACAGCCGUGCGUCUCUUCAAGAGAAGUGGGAACUAAAGGAUGAUAGCUAUGAUGAUAUCAUUGAGGAAACGGUCCCCGUGAGGGAUAUGCCUGUGAAGAAGGUUUGUCCAUUUUAUUCUUACGUAUCUUAUGCGUCUAGAUCAUUCUAGCAGGGUUUACUUGGUUUGCAAGGAC